AUGUCUAAACAGGAUACGGCAACGUUCUUUUCGCAGGGCACGUCAGCACAGUUCGACUACGUGCUGGCUCUAUAUCCGCAGGUAUUAAAGCUAAAGGCCGAAAACAAAUGCAAAAAGCCGGACGAGUUGAUUCGGCUGGACGACUGGUACCAGAACAAGCUGCCUCAGCUGAUCAAGAAGCGUGGCAAGGAUCAGUACAUGGUGCACGAGGAGCUGGUAAAAACCAUGAAGUGGAAACAAACUCGCGGCAAGUUCUACCCACAACUGUCCUAUCUGAUCAAAGUAAACACACCUCGGGCAGUGCAGGCGGAAACGAAAAAAGCAUUCCGUAAGCUACCCAACCUCGAACAGGCCAUUACAGCGCUAUCGAAUCUGAAAGGCGUCGGUACAACGAUGGCGUCGGCUUUGCUUGCAGCGGCCGCCCCGGAAACGGCCCCCUUCAUGGCGGACGAAUGUUUGAUGGCAAUACCGGAGAUUGAAGGCAUUGACUACACGACGCGAGAGUAUAUGAACUUCGUGCAACACAUCCAGACCACGACAGAUCGAUUAAAUCGCGAAUGUCAUCCAGCUGACAGCUUGCCAGAACAAUCGGCCGGUAGUAACAAAGCUUCUCCCCACAAAAGAACAGGCAAUGGGACGGCUGCUAAAGAUGGCAACACGGACGACAGCGGUUCGUGUUCUUCCGAUGACGAUUCUUUAAGUGCAACGCCGGCGAAAAAGAACAAGCUCGACACAUCAAAGGCAGGACUGCAGCCUCAUGAGAAAAAAUGGUCUCCACACAAGGUGGAGCUCGCGCUCUGGACACAUUAUGUCGCCAGUGAGUUACAACCGGACAUACUGGAGCACAUACCAGCAAAUGGGAAGUCUGUCACCGAUGCAUCGUCCUCCAAUACGGUAGAUCUUAACAAACCCGCGACACCCGGUAAUCCGCCUGAAUCGGAUACAUCCAUGACAACUAACGGAAAUACCACCAACAGUGUCCUGGCGCAAAACAACCAUGUAAGCGAGGAACCUUCGGACGAUAGUAACUUUGACACCGAACACGAUAAAAGUGCGCUCGGGUCAGACGAAUCGUCUAAGGAUCACAAAUUCACCCUGGACAGUUUGGAUGAUUGUACCAAGUCUGAGGACAGCAUAGAACGACCCAGUGCUACUGUAAUCAACACUGGUAAAACAUCACUCUCGGGUAACACGCGAAGGAAGGCCGCGCUAAACAGUGGCCGCAAUGCGGUGUCAGCAAUGGCGGUCAGUGAUGACUCGCUCAGUAGUCCCAAACCAACGAUCGAGGGAAAAACAAACAGUUCCGAUGAGGAGGACGAAGAUGACGAGGAGACAGUUCCACCUCCCAGCAAGAAGACCAAAGUUGAUUAA